UCCUGGCUACUCCCAUGGUGCGCUAGUCCUGGCUAGUACUCAGUAAAAAGCACUGCUUAUGGUCAAGAGGCGCUCUUGUAUUUUUCAAUUACACAGCCCAGUGCACUGAGAAAAAACACACACACAAAAACGAAUUAAGCUCUGGGGAAAUGCAACUCCUGGUUAAAGGCACAAGUCUGAGCCACCCGCUCCUUCGCCAGGAGAGGCACGCGGAAAACACACGCCGAGGGGCUUUCGCUUUAAGAGCCUCCCACUGGACUCUGGCUGGGGUACAACCUGGGUGUCGCUUAGCUUGGAAAGCGCUGAGGCAGCAGCAGCCUCCGGAGGGGGAAGGGGACGGCCAGGGGCCUGUUGCAAGAACCAGCCUGGAAGGGACGAGAGAAGCUCAGCAGCCCCCAGCAUGGAAGGCUUCCCCCAGGCUCCCCCCAAAGAAGCCUACCGUGCGGCAAUGGUGCUCUCUGGCGCAGGAGAUGCCCUCGGCUACCGCAACCAGCGCUGGGAAUACUGCACCUCAGGGCCUCAGAUCCACCAGGAGCUUCAGGAGCUGGGGGGCCUCAGCAAGGUUCGGGCAGCCCUCCCUGACUGGCCUGUCAGCGACGACACUGUUCUGCACCUGGCGACGGCCGAGGCUCUGGCCACAGGGAAGGAAGGGGAGGCGCUGUUCCAGGAGCUGGCCAAACGCUAUGUUGAAGCCAUGAACGACAUGGAAGGGAGGAAGCCUGGGCCCACGAGCAUUCUGGGAACAUCUCAGUUGCGUCCAGGGGAGCCAAAUGGAUAUCGCAUUCCCUUCAACCCCGGUGCCACAGGUUGUGGUGCCGCCAUGAGAUCCAUGUGCAUUGGGCUCAGGUAUCCUCGCCCUUCAGACCUGAGCACUUUGGUCCAAGUCAGCAUAGAAAGUGGAAGAAUGACGCACCACCACCCCACAGGCUAUCUGGGAGCUCUGGCCUCUGCUCUGUUCACUUCUUAUGCAGUGCAGGGCCUCCCCCUUGAGCGCUGGGGAGCUGGAUUGCUCAGGACCCUGCCCCUUGCUUUAGAGUACAUUCAGACUGCUGCAGCUGAGAGUGACUCCAAUGUGGGGGCCUGGGCUUAUUUCCAGGAGAAAUGGGAGUGGUACCUCUCUGAACGGGGCCUGGCUACGGGUCAGGGCCCUUGUCUGUUUCCUGCUGCCUAUAGUCCUGCUGAGCGUGACGUCAUCUACAAAACCUUCAGCCUGGACGGGUGGGCCGGACGGAGUGGUCACGAUGCCCCCAUGAUUGCAUACGACGCCUUGCUGGGCGCAGGGGAGAAAUGGGAGGAGCUCUGUAGCCGUUCCAUGUUCCACGGGGGGGAUAGUGACUCUACAGGGGUGAUUGCUGCCUGCUGCUGGGCUCUGGCUCACGGUUUCAGAGGGGUCCCAGAAGAUAACCACAUAGCGCUUGAAUACCGAGACAGGAUGGUGGCUGCAGCUGAUGCCCUCUAUCAACUUGCCUGGGAACAGACUCCUGUUUGAAAGACCUUUCCGCUGUCUCUAGCAUCUAAGGAUGGACUCUAAUCUGUUGAUUUUGGUUUCUUCUCAAUCAUAAUUUCAGGUCUUCUCAUUUCCACACCAAUUUAUGAUCUGUGCAUGGCACAGCCCUUGUGAAAAUUAAUCAGCGUUUUAGUGAGAAUUUCGCUUGAUACACGUCAUUUCCCCCAAUAGACACAUUUUUCUGCAAAGCAAUUUCCCUUAUUGUAAUGUUGCUUUUCACUAACACCUGCAUUUGUAUGUACACUUUGCCCUAAUCUAUGCAUUCUUGUACAUGUUACUUGGAUGGAAAACUGCAUUGCAAAAUUUGGAGAAGCACCAAUGUCCAAGGAUGGCUGGCUUUCAAUUUGCAUAUUGUUUUGGAAAGGGCAAAUUUGUUAACUUCGUCUUUAAAUGUGAACUGAAUCUAAUUUCUGCUCCAGCAUCCCAGGCCCCUGAGAGAGGCCCUGAACAUGAGCUGCAACAAGCUGAAAGCUGUUCUUCACAGAAUAAACCGAGGCUGUGUUUGCA